AACAACAGUUAGACACAAGUCGGUGAGCGCGCCGCACGCUCUGCGCGUAUGUAAGUUUUUAUUUCAUUAAUCGAACCUCGUUUCAUGGGGGAGAAAGUUGAAGUUUUGAUGACCCACAUAUUGGCAGAAUUUAUGUGAACGCGCAUUUUUUUUCUACACUGCGGACAAAUCGACAUAAACAUGGAUUUAAGUGUGGAACAAGUAAUAGAAGGAUUACUGUCGGAAGAGUCGCAGGAGAGCCCCUCCGACACGGGCAAGCCGAGCGAACUGGUCCUGGAGCUGCCAGAUUGGUACGAUGAGAAGCAGUUUAACCAGGGUCGUCGCUUCUUCUGGGACAAUUGCUUCAUGCUGUCCACGUCGAUGCUGCUCGGACUUCUGGCAGUGUUCGCGGUGCCAUCAAUCUUGAAGAUCCUGGUGAGCACGCGCCGCUCCAACUCCACGUACACUGCGUAUAGGAGAUACCUCUCAACAUUGCUGCAUACGACAGCCUGGUUAGAACACGAACUCAAGCCAGGCAGUACAUCAUGGAGAUCUUUAACGACUGUCCGAACACGCCAUCUUCGAGCAAGCAUGGGUGCCAAGGCGAAAGGACUAGGAGUAGUGUCACAACGCGACAUAGCUCUAACGCAGUUCGGUUUCAUUGGCUUUUCCAUGCUGAAACCGGAUAAAUUCGGUAUCAACCAGCUCCGGCCGGGCGACUGGGAAGCUUAUAACCAUGUUUGGAGGUCGAUUGGCUACAUGAUUGGUCUCGAAGACAGAUACAAUAUUUGCCGAAAAACGUUCGGGGAGACGCGUCAAGUGUGUCAAAUAUUACUCGAGCGUUUCUACACACCAGCCCUGGAAAAUGUACCCGAAUACUUCGAGCAUUCAGCCAGGGUUAUGUUGAACGGAAUGUGGCAUGUGAACCCGACGAUAGACCCUGAGGCUACGCUGUACUGGUGCCGCCAUCUAGCUGACGUGCCGGGAUAUGUUUAUACUGACAAGGAGAGGAUCGAUAUGCAGAGCAAAUUGAUGAAACACUUAAAAGGAAAGGCCCUUGACGAAGGUGUGGACUCCACACUUCUCAUGUCGAAGCCAGUUCUAACCGGCCUGCCAGAAAGAGGCCCUCGUCUCCUGCACCUCAAGGACUACGAAACCCUGGACACAGUUCCCGAGUACAAAAGGCUAAAAGCUAAGGGCAAACGCAAACUCGGCUUUGCAGCGUUCGCGGCUGCGAUGUACAGCACAUAUUUAGGCCGCCUGUACUUCAACUUAAACUAUCUCUUCAGCCUCUUACUCAUGAAGUAUUGCCCGUAUCUGGCCUUCUUCAGUUUCGGCAUCAAGGCAUCUCUAGUCAACAUUUUCGUUGAAGACCCCAUGGACGACGAACAACCGAAACCUAAUGCGGAGUAUUACAAGCCGCAACCGCCUGAGCCGUGGUAUAAGGAGUGGCUGGCUUUAUUGUGGUGGUAACGUAGUAUAUAAUAAUGUUUUUUGGGCUUUGUUUAUUUACGUAGUCGUAAUUUUGUGACAUAGAUAGCCUUGGCUUAGCGCUAGAGAAGAAAACAAGUGAUUUAGAAAUAUUAUUAGUUAUAUGCGUUAAAAACGAGUCUCACACACGCAGAAAUAUUAUUCCAUUGACUACAGUUUGAAGACUAAUUAUGACGGUAUCUGUGUAGUACUAGUUAUUAUACUAUUAAGUUAUUAUUAUAAUAUAAAUUAAUGUUUUUUUUUUAUAGACACAUUUGACCCGGGGUGAUAUGUCUCCAGAUAGCAAAUAUAUUAUUUGACCGAAAAUAUUUAUUCGGAAAACUAGUAUGCAUAACAAAACAAUGUUAGGCCUAUGGAUAGUGGCAACACUAUGGCUGAGGCAAUGUAGGUACAGAAACGUAACUGGUACGUUAUUAACUUAAAAAUGUACAUUUGGAAAAAAAUAUUUAAUUGAAUGAUUUACGAUCAUACAACAUGAAUGAUUUACAAAUUCAAUAAAUGAAUGCAAGUAACCUCAAUUAGUUUUUAUUGAUUUUUUUUGGUGUAUAUCCGAGGUGUUAGCGAAAAAUAAUAUUGUUGUUUAUUUAAUAAACGAUUAAUAAAAAAAUUAUAAUCGACGUUGUUAAAUUGUUUACGAAUUUACGAAUCAAAAUGGUACCUAUUACAAAUACCAUUACAAUUUUAUCACCUAUUCAUUAUCCAAAAAUGAGAUAUUUAAUUUUAUAAUAAUUGAAAUAAGUAAAUAAAUAUUAAUAAUUUUGAAAUAAUAUGUAAAAUUGAAAUGUUAUUUAAGUAUUGUAAUGUAUUUAUUAGAUAUACAAAUAUUUCUAAGUUGUCGCGUAGGUAUAUGGAAGUGAAGUGCCUUAAUUGUGAUAUAUUUAUAUAUAAUUCAUAAGAAAAAUGUUUUCAUAAUAUACUAUAAUUAUUAUGGUGUUGGUAGAAACUAAAAAAUUGGUUCAAGAAGUAAAGAGGAAAGUUGACUAUUUUGCGUGCGCUCAAACAUUAGUGUAUAAGAUUAUUAAAUUUUAUAAUUUUUAAUAA